ACCUAUGUCAACAUAUGCCCACUGUUGUUGGUGCUGGUUUAUUGUAUUAUCAAUGCUGUUCACAUUUUCUAUAAGUGAAUCCAUCAAACCUGCGAUACCAUUAAAUGUCACUUAUGAAAAUGAUUCAUUUAAACAAUUGAAACAUCCCAGUUAUUCACAAAUUAUUAUAUUCAAUCAGUCAACAUCAACAUCGUCAAUUGAUUUAAAAGAUUUAGAAAAAGUAACUGUGGCAUCAGAUGCCCCGAUG